AUGGGGCAGCACGGGGAGCACAGGAGGCAUGGGGGCAGCAUGGGGAACACGGGAGGCACAGGAGACAUGGGCGGAACAGGAGGCACGGGAGGCUCGGGCACGGGCAGCACGGGGAACACGGGAGGCACGGGAGACACGGGCGGACAGCAAGGCACGGGCGGCACGGGAGGCUCGGGCGGAACGGGAGGCACAGGAACACAGGAGCACAGGGCAGCACGGGAAGCACAGGAGCACAGGGCAACACGGGAAGCACGGGAGCACAGGAGGCACGGGGGUAGCAUGGGAUACAUGGGAGCACGGGGCAGCACAGGACACACGGGAGGACGAGAGCAUGGGAGCACACGAGCACAGGAGGCACGGGGGCAGCACGGGAAGCAUGGGAAGCACGGGGCAGCACGGGAAGCAAGGGUAGACGAGAACACAGGAGCACGGGACAAGCAGCAAGCCCCAUACAACGUCAUGGGCGGAACGGGGGGCAUAGGCGGCAGCGAACUUAUGGGAGACACGGGCAGCAUUGGAGGCAUGGGUGUUGGGCGGCAGCAGGUGCUGCUGGCACUGGCGGUCGCUGCUGACAUCCGCCCACCACCCCCUUCCCACAAUCCCCCUCCCAUCAGUCGCCAACCCUGCCACCUCCACCCCCAUAAGUCGUCAUCCCCGUCACUCCCCCUCCGCCAGCCGUCCCCUAUGGACCAACUCCCCACCACCUACCCCUCCUGCUGGAAAUGGAGCAGGGAACGGGGUGGGGUGGCAUCUGACGGUCGGGAGGCGGUUUUUGACGGUGGGGGGGGUGGGGAGGGGUUUCCGACGGAGGGGGGCGCGGGGGGGGAGGGGGGGGGGGGGAGGGGGGGGAGGGGGGGGUGCGGGUUGCGGGGUGCAGUUACAGACGGGGCGGCGGAUGCCCUGGAACGCGGGCGGCGGCGGAUGCCCUGGAACGCGGGCGGCGGCGAGGCGAGAGCGGGGUGCGUGUGGGGCGCGGGUAGCUUACAGGCUACGGGCGGGGUGUGGGGACGGACGGUGGUGCGGGGUGCAGGUAACGGCAAGCUGGCGGAGGCGCUGGCGGAUGGCGCUGGUGCCGGCACUGGCGCUAGCAGUUGGCGUCAGUGCUAG